UCGACAAGCGACGUGUAGUUUCAGGUCCACAACAUCCACCGGCAUGAAAAUAGAAGUGAAAGCAUCCGGGAGAAUAUAACUUUAGUCUUUAUAACAGUAUUUAAAUAUCUUAUUCAGCAUCUUUUUGGCUCCGUGUGUCUACAAACCAAACAGAAACAUGUUUAUUUCUUCACAAAACUCACCGCCCUGCUUCAAAGGUUUCACCCUCGUCAUGCCAGCUGUGGCUGUCGGCAACGUGGGCCAGCUGGCGGUGGACCUCAUCGUGUCCACUCUCAACAUGAGCAGGGUGGGCUACAUGCACACAGACUGUCUCAUCCCCAUGGCCGGGAACAACCCGUACCCCACCUGCAAAGAAGACGCUGAGGAGCUGCACACCGCUGCAGAAGUUUACACAGCAGCAGAGCUGAAGCUGGCGGUUCUUCAGAUCAGGGCGCCAAUCGUUCAGACAAAAUCCAAAAAGUUUCGUCAACUGAUUGUGUCUUGGAUCAAAGCCAGCGGGUUCUCCAGGACCGUAGUUCUGUCCAGCAGUCACGCCUACCAGAGGGAUGACCAGCAGCUACAGGGCACCCCUUUGAGGUACCUGGUAACACCGGCUCUGCAGAAGGUGAGCGAAGACGCACUGAAGGAGCUGAGCUGGAGGGAGAUGGAGCGAGUGUCGGCCUUCCCGGGACUAACAGACGGCAACACAGAGCCCCGACUCUACAUCCCCGGAGGAGGCAUCACCAAAGGACUCUACACAGACAGCUGUGCAGAGGACGUCCCGCUGGCUGUGCUGCUGAUCUUCUGUUCAGAGGGCGACAACAUCCCAGACGCCUUCACCCUCGUCAAUCACCUCAACGACUGGCUCCACCUGCUGGACAAUCCUAGCCAAGAGCCCAACAAGUGGAAGAUCCCAACUUCCUGGAGUCUUCUGUUUGGGAGCGGCAUCCCUCCUGCCCUGUUCUGAAACACACAUUUGUAGUUUUUGGCAUUUUCAGUUUAUAAUGGGCUUGUGGGGGAAUCCAGAAAAGUCAAAGCUCUGACAACACUUUAUUUUACAAGUGCUUUAAUUUUAUACUAAUUUCCUAGAAACUUUCUGAGUAAUUUGCAGGUGUUUAACAGUUCAUUAUUAGGAUGUUUAACAGAGAGGCUGGUGCAGUUUGGUACAACUCAUAAGGAAAAAAGCAUAAAGUCGUUUUAGUUGGUAAGUUUUCAGAGUCAUUUUGUGUGUUCAACUACAUAUUAGCAUAUUAGGUUGUAUAAUGAACACGAGGACACCCUGAAUAUUACCAAAUUUCAAAGACAUUUUUUAAGAAUUACCAGCUACUUUUAGGAAAUUAUUAAAAAAACAACCUAAUAUGCUAAUAUAUCAUUUGACAUAUGAAACUACACACUGAAAACUAAGUAUUUCCUGUCAGUUAAAGAAUCAUCAAUAGUGUAAUUUAUUAAGACGUCUUAUUGAGUGGGUACUUAUCAACUAAACCAACACUUUUCUGUUUUUUCCUAUAAUUUAUACCAAAUAGCAACAGCCUCUGUAAAAUGUCCUAAAAAUUAACAAUUAAAAACCUGUAAACGACUCAGACGGUGUCCAGAUUUGUUUAAAAUUAAGGGACCUGUAAAUUAAAGUGUUACAAAAGUUUCCUUUGACACAUCUGCAUUGCUCCUAUAUAAUUGUAAUUGUUUCAGACCGUCAACUUCAUGUUUGACUGACGUCACAUCUUGUUAGUCAGAAGAAUGAGUCUUUGUUUCGAAGCUCAUAAGCCAAAAAUAAUGCAGUAUGAUUAGUUUAACUGACGCACUUACAAGUCUGGUCCUAGAACAUGGUUGUAAACUGACCUCCAAAAGAAUAUUCUUUAUUUUGAACCUUAAGUUUUACAAAUAUUACGUCAUUUACAGGAAUUGACCCAAAUGUGAACUUCUGGGAUACUAUUUCCUUGUAUUACAACAUUUGAAUGUUGGUUUUUUUUGUUUGUUUUUUUCCAUUAAAAGAUUGUUACAAGAAA